GCCCAACUCACUCUCCAUUCCAACUCAUUCCCGAAACCCCUUAAUCAAAAGGCCGAAAGGUCAUUCGGUCACGCAUUCUCACUUCCAUACCAAAGCCCAGAAACCCCACGCACUCUGUGUGUGUGUGUGUGUACGCAUGCACUCAAGAUUGCUCCUCCUUUAAUGAGUUUGGCUUGUUCACCAUCUUGGCGGGGGGUGAAUGGGUUGCAUGGUCUCUCAACUGGCGGCCAAGUUUGCGUUCUUUCCGCCAUCGCCACCCACGUACCAAAUCAAGGAGCGCGACGAUGGCAAAUUCACCGUGGUGUCAUCGUCUUCACCGUCGAUGCCGAUUAUUCAGUCUGAUGACAAUUCCUUGGACGUCUUGCUGAUUGACACUAAGCGUGGCUAUAAGAUCGUUGCUUUUUAUCUAAGGAACCCAUUGGCUCGCCUCACUUUGCUUUACUCUCAUGGCAAUGCUGCCGACCUUGGCCAGCUCUAUGACCUCUUUGUGCAGCUCAAAGUCAAUCUCAGAGUUAAUCUCGUGGGAUAUGACUAUUCUGGCUAUGGAGCCUCUGCUGGUAAGCCUAGUGAAUCCAAUACGUAUGCUGAUAUUGAAGCAGUCUAUGAGUGCCUUGAGACUGAGUAUGGAGUUAGCCAGGAAGACUUGAUCUUGUAUGGGCAGUCAGUUGGAAGUGGGCCAACAUUGCACUUGGCAGCUAAACUGCCAAGGCUCAGAGGCAUAGUUCUACACAGUGCGAUUCUUUCAGGUCUUCGUGUGCUCUGUCAUGUCAAGUUCACAUUUUGUUUUGACAUUUAUAAGAACAUCAACAAAAUUAAGAAGGUGAAGUGUCCUGUGCUUGUGAUACAUGGGACAGAAGAUGAUAUUGUCAACGUGUUGCAUGGCAAUGGACUCUGGAAAAUGGCAAGGGAAUCAUACGAGCCUCUGUGGAUUAAAGGAGGUGGGCACUGCAACUUGGAGCUUUACCCAGAUUACAUCCGCCAUCUUCGCAGAUUUAUCCAAGAGAUGGAGAAUAUAACCACAGAAAUCCGCCUCAAAAAUAUUCGGCAGAGUCAGUUUCUAGAAACAAGGUCCACAGUUACUGCUAACAGGUGCUGUAGAAUCAAAAUCCGGCAACCAAAAUGGCCUAAUGGUUCAAGACCAAGCUGCAUAAAGUGUUCAUGGCGGCCCAGAUGCCUAGAAUGUUGGAAGCCUAGCUGCAGGAGAGAAUGUUGGAGACCUAGGUGUGGAGAAUGUCCUAGCUGUCCUGAAUGUUGGAGACUCAGGUGCAAUAGAUGUUGUUGGAGACCAAAAUGGCCAAAAUGUUUGAGACUAGGCUGCUGCAUGAAACGUUUUCGGUGGCUAUGUUGUGUGGGAACACACAGUGGGCUAAGACUGAACGAGGAGGAUGGCUAAUGGUGAUUAUGUGCUUGUAUAGAUUGCUGUAACUUUCUAACAUUCCCAUAAUCU